AUGGCUGCUACGACCACUGGACGGCCUCCUUUCGAGGCUGUCCAGCCCGCCCCACCACCCAAAACCACCACAUACGCCACUCUUUUCAAUUCCAAUACUAUAAAUCCUAAACAAUCUGCCCUAAUUAACUCAAAAACAAUCGCAAAACCAAUCGAAAUAAUUCAUGGAGAACCUACUAUCACGUUUUCAAUGGAGGAAAGGCAAGACUUUAUGAUUGAAGAGGGAUUGCAUCAAGCAGUGGUGUUUAAAUUAUCCCAUGGUGCGCCAGAUUUGAAGGUAUUAAGGUCAAUUUUACCGAAACAUCUUGGUACCAAGGGCAACUGUUUAAUUGGCUUACUUGCUCCAAGACAAAUUUUGUUGAGAUUUGAUCAAUAUGAAGAUUAUGUACUAGCAUUAUCUCGCUCAGUUAAUUAUCUUCUCUACAAUGGAGAGGAGCACCAAUGUAGGGUUUUUCCAUGGUCCAUUGGAUAUAAUCCUAAGGAGGAAACGACGUUAGCUGUGGUUUGGAUUUCUUUACCAAACUUAUCUCCAGAUUUGUUUGCAAAGAAGUCUUUGUUGUCUAUAGCAUCGGCAGUUGGGAAACCAAUAGCUAUAGAUAAAGCUACUCAAAUCAAGUCAAGACCUAGCACAGCUAGGGUCAAGGUUAUACUUGAUCUAAUGGAAAAGCUUCCAAAUCGUAUAAGGUUGCAGUUUGUGGAUGGAAAAUCUGGUAAGUUGAUCGAGGUUUUUCAGGAGAUUGUAUAUGAUAAUCUACCUUUGUAUUGCAAUUAUUGUAAGCACCAAGGUCAUGAUGAAGAUAGUUGUCGUUUGAUCUCAAAAAGAAAUCAAAAUAACAAACAAAUUGAUGAUACCAUUGAAGUUGCUACAAAAGAAGCAGGGAACAAUACAUCUCAUUUGGGCCUAAUGUCCAAUUCUAAUUACGACACGGAUAAAGAAAGAGUUGCCAGUCUUGGACAGUAA